AUGACCGGUGAUCAAAGAUAUUUUGAUCAGAUUGAUGAUUCCAUCACAGGAAAGUUAAUAUUUGGUGACGAUUCCCGUAUUGAUAUCAAAGGAAAAGGACCAAUCUCCUUUAUAGAUAUCAAUUGGGAACCAAGAAAGAUGAUGAAUGUCUACUUUAUUCCGGACCUCAAGAAUAAGAUCAUUAGCCUCGGACAAGUUACGGAGGCAGGAUGUGACAUCAGAAUGCGAGGAGAACACCUAACUAUGCAUCAUCACAAUGGGAAGCUACUUGUCAAGGCAGAAAGGUCCAACAACAGGAUGUAUAAGGUUUUUACCUUCUUUCUUUCUUGUGCACACUUUUCGUUUCUAUCUCAGUUCGUAACAGUUCAAGAUUUAUCGAUUAAGAUUUCUGAAAGAAGCAAAAAGCUAAAAAAUAUGGACUUUGAUGAUGAACCCAAGCCAAAGGAGGUUGCUAAAACCCGUAGAUUCGCACCUGGCCCCGACGUCGUCAAACCGUCUAUUGAUGCUAAUAACCUCGUAAGCUCUGUGGUAAGUGAAGUCAAAUCAAAAACAAGCAUUGGAGACAGUGAUUUGUCUGAUGCUGAUGUACUAGAAGCAAUUGACAGAGGUGGCAAAGAUGCCUAUGCGUUUUGCAACAAACCAGCUACUUAUUGGGCUUUGGAUCCAAUUGAUGGCACAAGGGGGUUUCUUAAAGGAGAUGAAGCUUUAUAUGUGGUAGGAUUGGCCCUUGUUGUAGAUAAUGAAAUUGUGCUAGGAGUUAUGGGAUGUCCAAACUGGCCAGGAGAUUUAUCAGAUCAAUCCACCGGAACUCUAAUGAUCUCGCAUAUUGGCUGUGGAACGUGGACCAAGGGGUUACAAAAUAUCUCUGGCAAAGUAAGCGGUGAUUGGACAAGGUGUUUUGUUGAUUCCUGUGAUUUAGUGAACAAAGCAAGGUAUUGUAUACAAGAAAGCCAAACCUGGGAAUCACUUCCUCUCUCUGGUUUCUUCGCUGCAAAUAUAGCUUCAGAUGACUUACAGCAUGAAGAUAUCAUUCUGGUGCCCACAUGUUGUGGAAGUUUGUGCAAGUAUAUGGUGGUAGCUUCAGGCAGAGCAUCGGUUUUCCUUCUCCGAACCAAAACUCAGCGAACAAUAAAGUCUUGGGAUCAUGCUGUUGGGAUGAUAUGUGUUCAUGAAGCCGGAGGAAAGGUAACAGAUUGGGAAGGAGAUGAAAUCAAUUUGGAGGAAGAUCAAUCUGAAAGAAGGAUCAUUUUCCCCGCGGGUGGUGUUCUAGUUAGCAACGGACGUUUACAUAAUCAGCUUCUUGAGAUGACAUCUUCUGCUUCACCAGCUUUGAUUCAUAUAAUUCAUAAUCAGAUUCUUGAGAUGAUCUCCAUUCUUGUUCUACUUUGGAGUAUGUUUGUUUAUAUAUUGUAUUAUUGAAAGUACUGUAUAUCUAGUUGGUUUUCGUUUAUC